GCACGUGUGUGUGUGUGUGUGCGGCGUUCAGCCAGUGAAGCAAGAAAGGAAAGACAGACAGGAGGAAGCAUCUCUACUGUGUAGAUGUGGAGGGAGGAGUAACGCUAGAGCUUCCAAACCCAGUUUAUCGACGAAAGAAAGCUUUUUACCACCUUAUUAAUGCUCUUCAGGCGUUGUUGGACUUCACCUUCGUCGUUUUCCCUCCUCAGUGGCUGCUGAUGUUGGAGAUGGACUUUUCCAUAGAAGUGAAUGGGCGCGUCCUGUCAGCACAAGAUAACUCCGUUUACUGAGCUCAACUCCCCCAAAGGAAGCUGUAAUGAGGGACCGUCUGGCUGAUUUGAAUGCGGGAAGGACCAGUGAGGAGGAGGAUGGCAGCGUCACUGUUUCUGUGGACCAAGGAGGCUUCAUGGAGGACUUUUUCAGGAAGGUGGAGGAGGUCAGGAGUGUCAUUGAUAAAAUCUCCUCCCAGGUGAAUGAAGUGAAGAAGAAACACAGCGCGAUUCUUUCAGCGCCAAAUCCUGAUGAAAAGACAAAAGAAGAGCUUGAGCAACUAACCGUUGAAAUCAAGAAAAAUGCCAACAUGGUGCGGACCAAACUCAAAACCAUGCAGCAGAGUCUUCCUCCAGAAGAUCAAGCCAGUCGGGCCUCAGUGGACUUUCGAAUCCAGAGAACGCAGUACACUGUUUUGUCUCGAAAGUUUGUGGAUGUGAUGACCCAAUACAAUGAGACCCAGGUGUCUUUCAGAGAACGGAGCAAGAGCAGAAUCCAGAGACAGCUGGAGAUCACUGGAAGACUGACCACAAAUGAGGAACUGGAGGACAUGCUGGAGAGCGGGAACCCGUCCAUUUUUACAUCCGAUAUUAUCUCCGACUCUCAGAUCACGCGACAGGCUCUGAACGAGAUCGAGUCCCGACAUAAAGACAUCAUACGUCUAGAGUCCAGCAUCAAAGAGCUUCAUGAGAUGUUUAUGGACAUGGCCAUGCUGGUGGAGACACAGGGUGAGAUGAUUGACAACAUAGAGAAAAACGUGAGUAAUGCAGUGGAGUACGUAGCCAAAGCCAACGAAGAGUGCAAGAAAGCUGUGAGUUACCAGAAGAGAGCCCACAGGAAAAGGGUGUUUCUUGCCAUCUGUGUAGCAGUGUGUGCUGUCAUUGUUCUCCUCAUCAUCGUUGGAGUCUUUGCUAAUUAGUCAAGGGUCCACGACCAAAGAACACACUCUUAAAAGCUGCUUCUGUCAGACUGUAAGCUCUGUUUAAAAGAACACUCCAGUAUUUUUAACCUAAUCUCUGUCUGCCACAUACAGUCGAUUACUACAGACUGCAGUUCUCAUGUGUGCUUAGCACAGUGGUAGAAAACAGCGCCAUCUGUAGCCCACAGUAUGCAACAGUUUUAACACCCCUGGGCGAAAUGCAUGUUUUAAUGAUUCAGAUGAGAAGAAGAACACACAAUUUACAGAGAGCACACUUUUUUGCAAAUUUUAGUGCGUGAUUUCUAUUUGUUUUGCAGGGUUAAACAUAUCGGGGGAUGUAACAAUAUAAAACAUGCCAUCAUUUUUGCACAGGCCACAUUUUAUAUUUUAAUUUGCAUGUGUAACAUUUACUCAGUAACAUCACGUGCAUCACUUGCAUCAUCAGCAAACAGACUAACGGUAAAAACGAGCCUUCCCUGUGAAGAUGAUUUACUCUGAAUAACUCUCUGCUGCUCGUUAUUAGAGCGAGACCAAGGCGGAAAAGGUGAGACGCGUUUCUUUUCCACCGCUUACAGGCUUCAGUGUCUGUUUGGCACGCGCAGUGGCAAAAAAGCCCAUGAAUUCAGAUCUGAACGUUCACAUGACCGUCGCAUGGCCGCAAAUCGGAAUACGUGUCCGGUCCAGGACCACAUAUGAAAGUGACUCGGUUCGGAUUUGAAAAGAUCACAUUUGCGUGUCCACACAGCCCUGAAAACAUCAGGUCUGAGUCACAUUAGGGCAAAAAAUCUGAUUUGUGCCACUUAAACCUGGUAAUGUGAACGCAGCCUUAGAAAAGCGAAUCAGCAAAACAGGGGUUGAACGGGGGUGCCAAAACUUUUGCACACGACCGUACAGGCGUUUCCAAUGGACAAUAACAUUCCCGUACUUAAAAAAAAACAGGCUCAGAACCCGACUAGAAGCUUGUGGGAAGUUCGUUUUCAACAGCUGCCCAUUGGCUGCUGUCCAUGGACACUGCCUGUGCUACAGAUACGGCAGAUGAGUUUAGGUUAAAAACCGCUGGCGUGUGGCUUUAAGCUUUUUGUGCCUUUUUGCAACUGCUUUGUCAAUUUAAAGUAAAGAUGCUGUUGGGAGAAAUUCCUGUGAGAAUUAUUUAUGGAGAUUUAUCAGUUACAAUGUGCUGUUUCUGCCUUCAGUCCUGUGUUUUGUGGCAAAGUUGCUUGGUUAACCUUCAUCUUCCCAGUUAUGUAUCACUAGACUGUGACCUUUUCUUGUACAAUGGAUUCCCAAUAGGACCACAGUGGUGUUUCCCUUUCCUCAGCCAUGCCAUGUGGCCUUCCUGUUGGCAUAAACAGGUGAUGAAUGUUGUUACUUUGCACCAAAGGGAGGCCUUUUGUUGUUUUUUAUGUAAUGUGGAAGCCUGCAUGUUCAUUGGGAUCAGUUUGGUAGUUGUCCACAUUUUGUUUUAAACCUGCGAAACCAAUAUUUGCACAUUUGAGUAGUUGCGCUGUGCUAAACUCAGAAAUGCUAUGAUGUGUAAUUUUGGUUGCUGCCUGUUCCCUCAGGAGUCUGACUGAGUCCUGUAGAGGUCAGCACAGUCCCACAAACGGCACUUAAUAUGGUCACACACAGCCAGGAUCUACCCCAGCAAGCUCAGUGAUGAAUUAAAGAGGGCAUAAGGAGUGAUGUAGUGGUUUAGUUGGCUCAUGACUACGUGUGUUUACAAUUCUCAAAAUCGCGACAACCAGAAUGAAAUCAUAAUUGACAUACAGCUCUACACAUACAGUAUAUUGGUGGAGAGCGCCCUCUAGUGGUGCUUGUUUAAAUGACAUCAUCUACCUCUAUAGCAGCUGUGCACAUGCUGGAUGGGAAUUUCUAUGCAUUUGAUUUGAUUUAUUUGUUUUGUAUGACUUAAAGAAGCUGUUCAGUUAAAACUUCUGCUAAGAGAGAAUCAAAACAAAUGGCCACCAAAUUACAUCUUACUUACUUGUGGUUACUCCAUUUAUGGUUUGUCCAAUUAGCACAUCUGCUUGAGCUGUUCUGUUACCAGCACUGCUAAACUAUUAGUUAGUACUAUUACUAGAUCAUGUUGAUCAUGAUGAUCCAAAGCACAGCGCUUUCACACUGCGCUACAUUGCGCAAGGUUCCCAGUCCUGGCUUAAGCUCCGUUUAGUCUAGGUGUAGGCUUAGUCUGGUUUUGACUGUGCUGGUGGUGUUUCUUUCUCCUGGCUGUUUGUUUCAGGGAUGGUUGCUGCUUCUACACAAUAUGAUGUCAGAUCUCGGGACGCAGUAAAGCAGUUGUAAUCAUUUGUGAUGUUUUUGUUUGCUUCCUUUUUCAGUGGGAGUGUGAGUCAUUCCUCUGCUACUGACCUGAAAAUGUAUGAACAUAUAUAAAGAUAAAAUAAAGAACUCAGAUUGUAGUUGUA